CCGCGGCCCCGCCCCGGCCCUCGCUCGGUUCCCGAAGACACUCGGCUCUCUCCGGAGGCGUCCGUACCCCGUCUUCCCCCCCCCCGCCCCAGUCCAGUCUUCCAGGGCUGAGGUUUGGGCGCGGGGCCGGCGCGGCCGCAAGAUGGCGGCGGGUGCCGCUGAGCAGGCGAGGCGGGGGCCGGGCGCGGCCUGAGGGCGAGGGGAGGAGGCGGGGGCGGCCGGGGCUGCCCCAUCACUGGCGCCGUUUCGCCCAGCCACCCGGCAUGGCCCGGCAGCCCCGGCCGCUGAGGCGCUGACCGUCCUCCUCGCCGCCGCCCACCCGCCUGGCCAUGGCGGACACCAAGGUGAAGGUGGCCGUCAGGGUCCGGCCCAUGAACCGCCGAGAGCUGGACUUGAAUACCAAGUGUAUUGUGGAGAUGGAAGGGAAUCAGACUGUGCUGCACCCUCCGCCUUCCAACACCAAACAGGGAGAAAACAGAAAACCACCUAAGGUGUUUGCCUUUGAUUACUGCUUCUGGUCCAUGGAUGAAUCAAACACCACAAAAUAUGCAGGUCAAGAAGUGGUGUUCAAGUGCCUUGGAGAAGGAAUUCUUGAAAAGGCCUUUCAGGGAUAUAAUGCUUGUAUUUUUGCCUAUGGACAGACAGGUUCAGGAAAAUCCUUCUCAAUGAUGGGGAAUGCGGAGCAGCUGGGCCUGAUCCCACGGCUCUGCUGUGCUUUAUUUCAGAGAAUCUCUAGAGAAGAAAACGAGUCUCAUACCUUUAAAGUUGAAGUAUCCUAUAUGGAAAUCUAUAAUGAGAAGGUCAGAGAUCUGUUAGACCCCAAAGGGAGUCGGCAGUCCCUUAAGGUUCGAGAGCACAAAGUCUUGGGGCCAUAUGUAGAUGGCUUGUCUCAGCUGGCUGUUACUAGCUUUGAGGAUAUUGAGUCUCUGAUGUCAGAAGGAAACAAAUCUCGAACAGUUGCUGCAACCAACAUGAAUGAGGAAAGCAGCCGUUCUCAUGCUGUAUUCAAUAUUAUAGUAACUCAGACACUUUAUGACCUGCAGUCUGGUAAUUCUGGAGAGAAGGUCAGCAAAGUCAGUUUGGUGGAUUUGGCUGGGAGUGAAAGAGUGUCCAAAACAGGAGCUGCGGGAGAACGUUUGAAGGAAGGCAGCAACAUAAAUAAGUCACUGUCAACACUGGGAUUGGUUAUAUCAUCGCUUGCUGACCAAGCAGCAGGAAAGGGAAAAAACAAGUUUGUGCCUUAUAGAGACUCUGUGCUUACUUGGCUUCUCAAGGAUAACUUGGGAGGAAACAGCCAAACUGCUAUGAUAGCCACGAUUAGUCCAGCAGCAGACAAUUAUGAAGAAACUCUCUCCACACUGCGAUAUGCAGACAGAGCCAAAAGGAUAGUCAAUCACGCUGUGGUCAAUGAAGAUCCAAACGCAAGGGUCAUCCGUGAGUUACGUGAAGAAGUGGAAAAACUGAAGGAGCAGCUCUCACAAGCUGAGGCUAUGAAGGCACCGGAGCUAAAGGAAAAAUUGGAAGAAUCUGAAAAACUGAUAAGAGAAUUAACAGUCACCUGGGAGGAAAAGCUAAGGAAAACAGAAGAAAUUGCACAGGAGAGGCAAAAGCAGCUAGAGAGCAUGGGAAUUUCCUUAGAAUCCUCUGGUAUCAAGGUUGGGGAUGACAAAUGUUACCUGGUGAAUCUGAAUGCAGACCCUGCCCUCAAUGAACUUUUGGUUUAUUAUUUAAAGGAUCAUACACGGGUUGGUGCAGAUACCUCUCAGGAUAUACAGCUCUUUGGCAUAGGAAUCCAGCCAGAGCACUGUGAGAUUGACAUUGCAUCAGAUGGGGAAGUUACCCUCACACCAAAAGAAAAUGCAAGAUCCUGUGUGAAUGGUGCACUGGUAUGUUCUGUCACACAGUUGUGGCACGGAGAUAGAAUACUGUGGGGAAACAACCACUUUUUUAGAAUCAACCUGCCGAAGAGAAAGCGACGAGAUUGGCUGAAAGAUUUUGAAAAAGAAACUGUAUUAGCAGAACAUGAUCUAGAUGCAGCCAGUGAGGCUUCUUCAGAACCAGAUUACAACUAUGAAUUUGCACAAAUGGAGGUUAUAAUGAAAACACUGAAUAGUAAUGACCCGGUUCAAAAUGUGGUCCAGGUACUGGAAAAACAGUACCUGGAAGAGAAGCGGAGCGCUCUUGAGGAGCAGCGGAUGAUGUAUGAGCGUGAACUAGAGCAGCUGCGACAACAGCUCUCUCCAGAAAGGCAACACCAGCAUGGCAGUGACCAGCUCUCAUACACAGCUCAGUCUGUACAGCAGAAAGUAAACCUCUGGACAGAAGAGAGGGAUGAAUUGUUCCGACAGAGCCUGGCUAAACUUCGAGAGCAGAUAGUAAAGGCCAAUACACUGGUGAGAGAGGCAAACUUCUUAGCAGAAGAAAUGAGCAAGCUAACUGAUUAUCAAGUGACACUUCAGAUCCCAGCUGCAAACCUCAGUGCCAACAGAAAGAGGGGGGCAAUAGUAAGUGAGCCUGCUAUUCAAGUGAGAAGAAAAGGAAAAGGCACUCAGGUGUGGACUAUUGAAAAACUAGAGAACAAAUUGAUUGACAUGAGAGACCUGUAUCAGGACUGGAAGGAGAGAGUUCCAGAGAUAAGGAAGCUCAUUGGUAAAAGAGGUGACCCUUUCUAUGAAGCACAAGAAAAUCACAACCUAAUUGGAGUAGCAAAUGUCUUUUUGGAGUGCCUUUUCUAUGAUGUUAAACUUCAGUAUGCUGUGCCAAUCAUCAGCCAACAGGGCGAGGUUGCAGGGCGAUUACACGUAGAAGUGAUGCGAGUCACUGGUGUUGUCCCAGAGCGGGUGGUAGAAGGAGAUGACUCUUCUGAGAACUCCAGCGAAAGUGGAAGCCUGGAAAUCAUGGAUAACAAUGGAGAUAUUAUUUGCAGGGCAAAAAAACUCACCUGCCGGGUAAAAAUAAAAGAAGCAACUGGGCUGCCACCAAACCUCUCUAAUUUUGUCUUCUGUCAAUACACAUUCUGGGAUCAAUGUGAAUCAAUGGUAGCAGCACCAGUGGUGGAUCCAGAGGUGCCAUCACCUCAGACCAAGGAUGCUCAAUUUACAGUGACCUUCUCUCACUACAGGGAUUAUGUGGUGAAUGUUACAGAGGAAUUUCUGGAGUUCAUUUCAGAAGGAGCUCUUGCUAUUGAGGUGUGGGGACACAGGUGUUCUGGUAAUGGCAACUCUAUUUGGGAGGUUGAUUCUCUUCAUGCUAAAACAAGGACACUGAGAGACAGGUGGAAUGAAGUAACUCGCAGAAUAGAAAUGUGGAUUUCCAUUCAAGAAUUGAAUGAGAUGGGGGAAUAUACUGCAGUUGAACUCCAUCAGGCAAAGGACGUAAACACUGGAGGAGUUUUCCAGCUUAGGCAGGGCCAUUCUCGUAGAGUUCAGGUGACAGUGAAGCCUGUACAGCACUCAGGAACACUGCCUCUCAUGGUGGAAGCUAUUCUUUCUGUCUCGAUAGGCUGUGUGACUGCCAGAUCAACCAAACUACAAAGGGGUUUGGACAGCUAUCAGAAAGAUGAUGAUGAUGAUGGUGAUAUGGAUAGUUAUCAGGAGGAAGAUUUAAACUGCGUGCGAGAAAGAUGGUCUGAUGCACUUAUAAAACGCAGAGAAUACUUAGAUGAACAGAUUCAGAAGAUCAGCAAUAAGCAAGAGAAAACAGAGGAUGAUCUGGAACGGGAAGCACGGCUAGUAGAACAGUGGGUAGGACUGACUGAAGAAAGGAAUGCAGUGUUUGUCCCAGCACCAGACAGUGGCAUUCCUGGUGCUCCUGCAAACUGGAUUGCACCUCCAGGAAUGGAAACUCACAUACCUGUCCUUUUUCUUGAUUUGAAUGCUGAUGACCUCACUGCCAAUGAACAGCUAAUAGGUCCUCAUGCAUCAGGAGUGAACUCAAUACUACCAAAGGAGCAUGGGAGUCAGUUCUUCUACUUACCCAUCAUAAAGCACAGUGAUGAUGAGGUUUCAGCCACUGCUGCGUGGGACCCCUCCGUUCAUGAUUCAGUGCAUUUGAACAGGGUAACCCCACAAAACGAGAGGAUUUACUUAAUCGUGAAGAUCACCGUGCAACUCAGUCACCCUGCUGCAAUGGAACUGGUGUUACGUAAAAGGAUUGCAGCCAAUAUUUACAACAAGCAGAGUUUUACCCAGAGUUUGAAAAGGAGAAUAUCCUUGAAAAACAUAUUUUAUUCCUGUGGUGUGACCUAUGAAAUAGUAUCCAAUAUACCAAAGGCUACAGAGGAAAUUGAAGAUCGUGAGACCCUGGCUCUGAUGGCUGCAAGAAGCGAGAAUGAGGGUGCAUCUGAUGGUGAAACUUACAUUGAGAAAUAUACGCGGGGAGUGUUGCAAGUGGAGAACAUUCUGAGCCUGGAACGACUAAGACAGGCAGUCACAGUCAAAGAAGCACUCUCCACCAAGGCAAGGCAUAUGCGGAGGAGUAUCAGCACACCAAAUGUCCACAAUGUAUCCUCUAGCCGAUUAGAUCUUUCUGGCUGCGAUGAAGAUGAAAAGGGUUGGUCUGAAAGCCACCUGGAUGCGUCGGACUGUGCUUCUAGUUAUCAAGAUAUAUCAUGUUACGGUACUUUACCCAGGGAUUCCCCUCGCAGAAGUAAAGAUGGUAGUGGUUGCAUAUCAGAGAAUCCACACGCCUUAAUGGCCAGCCCAUUUAAAGCAUUUUCUCCUCAGCCACCAAAAUUUUUCAAACCCUUAAUGCCUGUAAAAGAAGAGCAUAAAAAAAAGACCCCCCUUGAAAGCCGCCCUCUGCUUAGCCAAGAGAGUAUGCCCUCAUCUCAGGUACAUAACGCUGGCUGUGUUGUGCCUUCAGGAAGUAAAGCCAGCAGCAUGUCAAUAGAAAACAAUAGCAUACAUGAAGAGAAGAUUGACUCUGAGGAAGAGGAUAAUGAGUUGGAGGCCAUUAACAAGAAGCUGAUAAGUUCACAGGGUAUUCAGAAUUUUCAGCCUUACGUACCUGAGGAGUUUGCUGACUUCAGUAUUUACAAUGCCAGCCUAGAGAACAGGGAAUGGUUUUCCUCUAAAACAGACUUCAUAAGUUCACGUGUUCAUGAGAAAGAGGUGUCACGCAGUCCCACCACUAGCAGUAUCACUAGUGGAUACUUUUCCCACAGUGCCUCUAAUGCUACUUUGUCUGACAUACUUGUUCCUGGUAGUGAUAGCACAGAUCAGCUAGCCAGUCAGAUGAAGGAUCUAGACUCUACUGACCAUUCAGGACCACCUCUUGCACAUGAUGUAAGAUCUUUGAACAAGCAGUUUCCAGAGUCAGAACAGGAGUUAGCUAAAGAAAAGGUACCCAUGUCACCACUAAAAGAAAACAGUGCCUUAACAGAAGAAAUACCACUGUCCCUAGAUACUACUACCAAAAACUCUGAGAAAUUACAUAGGGCUGACUCCUGUUCACCAUUAGAUUCCUCAGCUAGCAAAAACAUCCAACCUACAGUUGAGUUUUCAUCACGUGAAGUAACAAUUGAACGUACUACAGAUGUUCUCGAAGAUCACUCGUUUACAGAAUUCAUGGGUGUUGAAGAUGGAAAGGACUUUGACCAUUUGGUAAUUCCACAGCCAUGUUCCACUGAUUCCUCUAAUGGAGUGGAAAAAAGUACAACUACUGGGCUGGACAGUGCCUCUGAUUUAUCGCAAAACACUGACACUCAGCAGGUCUCUCACUUGGGCCAGCUGGAAUGUAUGGCAGUAGAUUACCAGCCUUCAAACACUACUGAAAACCCUUCAUGUUCUGUACUAGUAGAAGAGACUACAUGCUGUCAGACAUACCCUGAUUCUUCCCUGGAUGAUUUUAUUGGAAAGAACCAUUUAGAUGUUUCUGACUAUGAAGAUGGUGCAUCUGCAGAACAAGUCCAUACCUUGCCUAGCUGGGUGGCAGUGGGAGAACAAGUGUGUGUUGGAAGUAAUAAGACUGGCACAGUGAGAUACAUUGGACCAGUGGAUUUUUCAGCUGGAAUCUGGGUUGGAGUUGAGCUAAGCAUUCAAUUGGGUAAACAUGAUGGAACUGUAAAAGGUAGAGAAUACUUCCAUUGCAAGCCCCGGCAUGGUGUAUUUGUUCGUCCUGGGCGCCUCAGUAAAACACCAGCUUCAACAAAGAGAUGUAGUAGCACUUCACGAUCUCAGGCACCCUCCAAUGCAGGGAAACGAAAAGGUUCUGUACUUCCAGGGCCAUCAUCCUCUUCUAAAACAGGAGAAGCAGUCCUCUGUCAGUCAGGAGAUGUGGCAGCCUCUGCUUUUUCUAGGAAACAGGAGAACAGGAAGUCUUGGAUUAAUUAAACUGCAGUAUUUUUGCACUUAGUACACACACCACUGUGUGGAAACCUUUAUGGAUUUUAAAAGUUUAAUGUACAGUUUUAAUCUGUCCAUACCGAAUGUGUAUUCUGUAGAGUUAUAGACUUAAUUCUCUAAUUUUUUAUAAAUAAUAUAUACAUAUAUAUAUUAUAUAUAUAUGAAUGUGUAUCUAGAGUUUGUCUGCCAGUAGGCAGAUACGGCUGCACACUAAAAUACAGUUAAAGCUGAUUUGUAGAUAAUCGUGAGGUACUGGACUAUUUGAUACACAACAACUUGGGAGAUAUAUUUUAAACAAACAAACAAUAUUUUAUUGUGGAAAAAUGGGAUGCAAGUCCUUAUUUGAAAAAAAGCUACAGUAUGCUGUUCUUAAUUACCAAAGAACUUGUAUUAGACUGACACAUUUGCUGUUUAUAUCUUUUUAUUGUAAAUGUUUUAACUAUAGCUUGGUGCCAUGUUACUUCUAGUCACUGGGCACCAUGCUGCCUUAUGUCCUGUGUUUAAGCACACUGAAAUAUCUGACUGCUUCAUUUUUUGUCUUCCUAGAGGCCUGCCACUGUGCUGACUUGGUAUUCUAUUGAAAACACCAACAAUGCCUAAGACUGUGUCUGGCAUUUCCUAAAUGAUCACAAGCCAGCCAGGCAGUUUGACUGCAGAAACAGUAUUACUGUAAGGAUGUGAGAGGACAACAUUUUUUUAAAUGGCUUUUUGGGAAGUGGGUAAACAAAGCAGCGUAAAUGGAUCGUGACUGCCAACUUUGCACUGUUAUUUGCUGGGUUAUGAUCAAGCUAAUGGAACAUUCUAAUUUUAAUCUGUAAAGUUUAUUUUGAUUAUGGAAAUGAUAGAGGGGUUUAUGUAUGCUGCUUGUGGGUUCUUGAGAGAGAGAUUCCACAUGUAGAUACUGUAGAUGCUUGUACAAACAUCUGAAUAUUUUGUAAAGUAACAAAUGGUAAACAUGAAUGAAAUGAAUGGCCUGCUGUAUCUGUUUUUCUUUAUUUCUUAGCAAGUGAAUGAGUGAGAUACCUGGGACCUUACUGAAAAGCUGCUGUUCUUCCUUUGAUUUAUGUAUAGUAAGCUGACUCUAGUAUUUUACUUUUUACUGUAAAGAACUGUAAUUUAUAUUCUGCCAUACUGUAUUUAAUUGGUACAGAACUUUUGUGUGUUAGAAUACAGACCGUUUACUUUGGAUUUAAAAAAAAGAUUGUUGUUCUUGUAUUUGACAUCACCUCUGUACUUUCUGUACUUAUGGCUUCAUUAUCAACUAGUAGGUUAAGUGACUCUGCUGGUUAACGGUUUUGGUGCUUCAAUGGGAUUUACCGUGUAAACAUCCUAAUACGUAUCCAUGGCCUUUUAGGAAUGGACAGGUGGACAGUAUUACUCACUGAUACCACUGACUGUCUUAUUUAGUACAAGGUUUCACUGACAGCAUACAAUGUAUCUGGCUGUCCCCAAAUGUAUUAUUUGUUGUUUUUUGUGGGGGGAAAGAACUUAUGUAUAGCAGCAAUUCACAUUUUCAGUGUCCAUCCAGAACUGACAGAGCUGCAUCAAUUGUAUCAUUACUGGAGGAAAUUAUUAUAAUGGUAACUGAAGAAUUUCUUUAUGCACAAAUAUUUUAUCAAAGACAAUAAAUUAUCCUAGAACACAUCUAAAUGUUUCUAACAAAAACAAUAUGUUAAAUUACUUUGGGAUAUAACUUAACAUAAAAGUUGAAAGGGAAUUUUAAAAAGCUACAGGACUUGUCCCAGACAUUGUGAACCGGAGUAUGUUGAAUCACUUGAAAGCUAAUGUGGACAGUAUCUUGUUCUGACAAAGAUGCAAUGUUAUACUGGAUUCUGAUUAAACAUACAGGCUUGCUUUUAA